CCAAUGAGUUGGCAUCACUGCUAGCGAUGGCAAAAUAAAAAAUUUCGGCACAUAGUUUUUCGGGUAUGUUAGUAUUAUAAAAGUGUGUAAAAAUUUUACUAGAUCGGCUCCAACAAUUUUGUGCUUAGAAAGUUUUAUUAAACUAAAAUUUUUUGCUUCUACUUGUGAUGUAUAGAGCACAAAAUUAUUAAGAAUGAAGGCAAAAACCAAUAAUGUAGAAGAAUUAUAGAACAUUUGCAACAUAUCGUUUACAACACUGAAUUUUUGAAAAAUAUAUAGGUUUUUAAAUAUUUCAAACUGAACUUAUUGCAUGCGCAAUUGAAAUGGAUUCGUUAAACAUGUGCCGUGCGUGUCUAUUGCCCGAAGGACGAGCUCGUCUAUUAGAUUGGUAUCAGCCUGUUGACUCGUUGGAAUAUGUUUUAUCUUACAAAGAGUGCUUCUGCAAAUGUACUCAAAUAUCAAUGAGCGAAAACAAUGAAAGACAAUCCCAAUUUUUGUGCUACUGUUGUGCAAAAAAGCUUAUAGAAGCUUAUAAUUUUAUUGAAAAGGCGAAGCAAGCAGAUAAUGAAUUACAUUGCAUGAAGACUCGGCUUAUGCCAAUUGAAGAUGUGCCAAACAGAUUUGAAUGGGUGUCAGUAAAAGCAAAACAAAUUGACGGUGAGAAAUCUGCAGAAAAUACUACUGAAAGCAAGUGUUGGAUUGACGAUAUACAGAUCAAUAAUGUAUGCCAUGAAAAUGAACAAAGAGACGAGGAUUUGAAGGCAGAAAAUGCAUUUGGACGUCAGUGCUAUGAUGAAGAUGAAACGGAAUUAUUAAACCAAAAUGAAUUCGACAGCUUCCCUAAUAAUACAUUUAAAAGUAAAAUUAGAAAAAUAAAAGCUCUCGCAAAAACUAAAAAAAAAUUGAAAAAAAUGGAUGAAUUGGUUAAUUGCGAAGAAUGUAAAAAAACUAUGACAAAGAAGGCAUUGAUAAAACAUAAACCACUCCACAAACCUAAAGUUUUCCUUUGUCAAGCCUGCCCAAAAACGUUUCGCGAAUCCAAUGGUUUAAAAAACCACGAACUUAUUCAUCAAGAAAAUCGGGAACGGUAUCCAUGCGACAAGUGUAAUCAAACAUUUUUAUCACCAUAUUCCUACAAAAAACACAUACAAACGCAUGAAAACAAUAGAAAACCAAUUUAUAAAUGCACACAAUGCGAAAAAUCCUUCCUACAUAAAAACGGUCUAACAAUCCACGAACUCCAUCACAAGGGGGCCUCAAUCGAAUGUAAUAUAUGUCAAAAACGAUACGUCCGACAAAUAGAUCUGGAUACUCACUUGCGAACCCAUUCUGGAGAAUCUCCAUUUGUGUGUCAUAUAUGUGGAAAAUCAUUUAUUCAUAAACGUAUUCUAAACCGACACUUGCAGUAUCAUGAAUUAUACUUUAGUUACACUUGCUUGACCUGUGGCGAAAAAUUCUCAAAGUACGACAAAUACUACUCACAUCGCAUGCGGCACACUGGCUUACCUUAUAAAUGUGGUGCGUGUGGGAAACAAUUCCCUGACGCAUAUAAAAUUAAACGCCAUAUUAAAGGAGUGCACAAAGUUGAGAAACACGAUGACUUAGAAAAUCUUGUAGUGAGAAUAAAUAUAACUAAAGAACAUAGAGGCCGAAUUGUGGAAGUUUUAAGGAAUCCGGAGGAGGAGAAUCCAACUUAAUUUAAAGUUAUCCAAACAGUAAAGUGAACAACAGACGUUUUUCAUUCUUCAUUAUUGGGACAAAAACUAUUUACAUAUGAGAUCAACGAAAAUUGAGAGAAAGUUUUGGUUUCCUUUUUAUAUAAUUACACGGGGUUGAAAAUACCGAAGUCAAAAGUUUCCCAAAAAAUCAUGAAUUUAUCCUCAAAGAAAAUCGAGAAAGAUUUACCUACGUACGAUAAAUGAAACAAUCUCGACACCGUAUUCAUAUAAAAUUCACUUAAAAACGCAAUGGAAAGAACAGAAAACCGAUAUGUAAUAGUUCGGUUCCGGCAGUCAAAAUACCGACAAAUCAAGAAAAGGUGGCGUUAUUCGUUCGAGGCCCUGUGGCCUCUGGUUUUCGGUAUUUUGAUUUAGCUGCUUAUUUAAAUUUUGUUGGUAUUUUGAUGUGUCGGAAUUUUAAGCUUCGGUAUUUUAACUGUAUCCCUGGUUCUCAUUGUGAGAAAUCAUUUCUUCAGCAAUUUACCAAAUUCUUUACAAAGGAGCUAUAAUAAAUGUAAUAUUUGUUAUAAAAGUAGAUCAAAAUAAUCAUUUAUUUGUACAGAUCUAAGCCAAUUACACAAAGCAGCUCAUUUCGAGAUUUUCAAAAAUUAUAAAAUUUGAGAUAAUAAAUAUAUUUUAUAUGUAUGCCCCAUA